AUGGGAUCUACCAUAAUAAUAUUAUUGUUUAUUUUGUUUUAUACGAUGAAAGCAUUUCGACUUUUCGAAAACGAAUGUGAUUCACGUACCAAAAAAAUCUCAGAAAUAUUAGACAUACUUAUCGAUAAUAGCACUUAUGAUAAACGUCUAAGGCCUAAACAUGGCGAAGAACCAGUAAACGUAGGUAUUACGAUACACGUGUCAAGCGUUAGUGCUAUAUCUGAAGUUAAUAUGGAUUUUACAAUUGAUUUUUAUUUGAGGCAAACAUGGAAUGAUCCACGCCUUGCAUUUAGCCAUUAUUUGUAUGAUAUCGUUGAAAAUAAUAUCGAUUCAUUAACGGUUGGUGUAGAUUAUUUGCAAAAAUUAUGGAAGCCUGAUACAUUUUUUCCAAAUGAAAAAAAAUCAUACUUUCAUAUUACUACAACGCAUAAUUCAUUCUUACGCAUUUAUCCUAAUGGUAAUGUAUUUACCAGUCAAAGGCUAACUGUGACAGCUAUAUGUAACAUGAAACUUCAUCUAUUCCCAAUGGAUUCUCAGAAAUGCAAACUUGAAAUUGAAAGCUAUGGAUAUAGUGUAUUAGAUAUCGUUUACUUCUUUAAUAAUUCAAAAAAUCCAGUAUCGAAAUCAGAAUUUGAAUUGCCUCAAUUUGUACUCAUCGAUACACAAGUGGCAUCACGAAAUGUUGUCUUAAGUUCUGGCAACUAUUCACGUUUAACUUGUGCAUUUUUAUUCAAACGAAAUAUAGGAUUCUAUAUUAUUCAAGUUUAUUUACCCUCAAUUUUGAUUGUUGUCAUCUCAUGGGUAUCUUUCUGGCUUAAUCGUGAUGCAACUCCAGCACGAGUAGCGCUAAGUGUACUUACCAUACUUACUAUGACUACACUUACUGCAACAACAAAUGCUUCAAUGCCGAAAGUUUCUUAUGUUAAAAGCAUCGACAUAUUUCUCGGUGUAUCAUUUGUUAUGGUAUUCAGUUCAUUACUUGAAUUUGCUGCUGUUGGAUACAUUAGUAAAAGGAUAAAAUUGAUUGAAAGAAAACAAAAAGAUUUGCAUAGGAAGUUACCAAGUACAGCACCAGAUUGCUUCUAUACUAUGCCAUCAGCAACAAAUGAUACCAUAAUUCCGCUUUAUCAUCCAUUUUAUUCAUCUCGUGAUAAAAAUUCCAUCCUAUAUAACGGCGGUGAAAUUAAACCACCUGUAAUUCUAAAAAAAGGUGAAUGCCAAUGUCCAAUACCACCACCAUCACCACUACCUGCAAUUCAUGCAGAAGAAACUUCAAAAGAGGAAUAUAUGAUAUUAUUCUGUGUGAUACGACCUAAUAAAAUAGACAAAUAUUCGCGAUCUAUUUUUCCUUUGAUUUUCCUGGUAUUCAAUAUAAUAUAUUGGUUUUACUACUACAGUAUCAGUGGUACAGAACUUACAGAUACAGAUUUGAUGUGA